AUGCGGGCCACUGUCUCUAUGCCACCUUAUGAAAACUCCUCGCGUCUUCCUGAAGCACCACAGCCUACCAAGCAGGAUGAGUCACGAACCGAUGUCGCGAUACCUAUUCCCAUCGCGCAGACUUGCUGGAAAAUCACCUCUCCAGAUGGCCAUGAGCAGUUAUGCUACGAGCCCAUUCCCGGCUUCGAGCACCUGUGGAGCGGUUCAGGGUCGUCACAGAAAAGCAAUACCUGCUUCAAUGCGUCACCCAAAGCCACUUCCUUACAGCUAUCUCAGCCGACUGUGACCCAAGGGCUAGGUAGGAAAUCUAGUAAACCCAGGACGCAGCAGGAUCCACGAAAGAGAACUCGAUCCGGUAGACGAAAACUACGUUCGCAACCCGUAGCUCAGAGCACAAGCGACAAGGAGGAUGGGCAGCUUGGCGAAGAUAUCAAGAUUAAAACUGAGCAGUCAUACACGUUCUACAUUGGCGACAUUGAUGAGUUGAAGAAGUUCUUCCGCCGGAGACUUGAUGAGCUUACGAUGAAACCCUUACGCCCUAUCGUUACAGCUUGGAUCAAGCAGAUUGAGCCUAAGCGGUUAAGCCGUUACGGCCGAUACCAUAAACAGUUGCCUAAGGACCAGCCUGAGGAAUGCUCCCCACCCUGGUGGCCUCGAGACGUUAGCUAUGAAGAGCCAUCGCACCUCGAUAAGGCGGGGCUUUUGACGCUAGCAGUAGACAUUAUGCUUCAACACCGUCUCAUUGACAAGGAAAAGCGUAAAGGUUCUUGGGUAGCGAAACUUCGGCAAGCAGCCCAGUAUGCUGUCGAAACAACACCUCCUGAGCAAUUCUCUUCAUCCAAGGGAUCCAACUUUAGUGAGAAGAUGCAAAAUCGGGCCCUAGCAGAGAUCCUGCCCAACCUAUUCGAGACUGCGCAGCUCUACGAGGACCACUUUGCGUGGCACCGCCACUACGAGGGCUCUGGUAUUCCAGAUCCUGGUAAAGGAAAGCGAGUGACCUGGCAACCGCUCACUAGGCCUGCCCGCCAGCCCGCGACUCCAAGAAAGCGCCCUCGAACAACUAAAGAAGGCGCAGCCCCUAGAUCAGAAACCGACGUUGAAGCUUCUGGAAAUGAGACCGAGAUAGACGACUGUGCAACUUCAUUUUACCUGUGCGGCCAAGAACCGGCUUCGGACCAACCUGAGGGAUCUGAUAUCUUCGGGCCAAAGGAGACUGCCCAGCAGACACCCGUCUCGGCCUGUGGAGGCACAGCUGCUCCCCUCCAUACUUGCCCUUGUAGUACCACUACGGCACCCAACGUUUCUUUUGGGCAACCAAUGCAUGGGCUGACUCUGGGCGAGGAGAUGGACCUAGACGUUGGGAUGGCUGCUUGCACACCGCUCCAUGAUCACACCCACAUCAAUGGCGGCCACCAAAUACAGUAUUCUGAUGGUGACUCAGGGUUCAAUCAAUACUUGGUUCAGCUACAACAGGACGGCUGCCCCCCUUUCCGCGGGUCUCAAUCUCAAUCCGGGUUUACUUCGUCAUCAACACCAUUGUAUCACCAUCCAUUUCCUGCAUUUGAUGCACACUUUUCUCAUUCGGUUGAGCAUGUAGCAUUCCACGACGACACUUGCUAUCCUCAUGGCUACAAGAUGUAUAUGUCGUCACCGGCUAAUUCUCUGCACUUGUUCGGCGAUACAUCCAUUGAUGCUGGUAUGGCAUGCCCGGUGGAGGCGCCUCGAUACUAACGCACAACUCGGCGUGUAUAUGUGGGACUGAUUUUCAAUCUCUUUUGACUCAUGGUGCCUUGCACCCACGAUCAACGGCCGCGAAUAUUUCAUCAGCUUGGCUUCGCAACUU